GCAUUGUGUAUCCUUAUCAACCACAGAGGCCGAAUUAAUAGCCUUAAGCCAAACAGUUUCUGAAGGAUUAUGGUUUAAAAAAUUAUUAGCUGACUUCGAUAUUAGAAUUGACUGUGUUAUGUUUUAUGAGGAUAAUCAAGGAUGUAUUUCUGUAAUUCAGAAUCCAGCAAAUAAUCGCAGGAUAAAACACAUUGAUUUGAAGUAUCAAUUUAUAACUGAUAAUUUAAAAAAGGGUAAUAUUAAUGUACAAUAUAUAUGUACAGACGAUCAACAAGCAGAUUUAUUGACAAAGGGCCUAAAUUUUGUUCGGUUAAACAUAUUACGAGGUCUUAUUGGAUUAAGGGAUUUUUCAGCGAGGGAGGAUGUUGUUGUAACGCUAAAAAACUCCUUAAAUUAAUGAUUGUUGACUGUCUUA